AUGACUGAUACAGAGGAUGAGGAAAAUUCGGAAAUUAGUUCAAUUUCGACUGGCCUUAGUGAUUCUCCGAAUGGUGCAAGUCAAUUGGAUUUUAAUACUGAAGACCCUUCUUCACCUCAACCUAUUCAAAAAUUAGUGUACAAUUUGGAUGAUUCAAUUGAUCAGGAAGUGCAAGCAGAUGACGAUUUACAAAUUCUAAUUCCUAGAGCAAAAGUAGUGUUGAAAUAUGCUCUCGACGAUGUCACUAAGGAAAAGAACGAUUUGGAAGAGCAAUUUGUAACACAAGUUGAAGAGUUGGAGAAAUUCCUCACUAGAAGUCAAAGACCAUACGUAAAGAAAGGAAGACGGUCUCUCUCUAAACAUCUUUCUGAUGAAGAAUUGUCAAGUGUUAAUAGUACCUUGCGAAAAGAUAUUCCAAGCGCUGAAGACUCACCCAUCGUAAAGCUUUCUCAAUCCCUACUGAAUAGUACUCCAAAGAAAUUCCCCGUGUUGAAUAUGACAUCUAGUGAAAAGGAUAGUGUAAUUUAUUCUCUUCGAGAGAAAAUAGAAGAAAUCAAAUAUAGGUAUGAAAAUGAAAGAGCAACAGAGAGCUUAAGAGAAUCUCUCACAUCAGAAAUUAGUUCCUUACUUCAAAAAUUGACCAUUGAAAGUGAUGGAUCCCAAACUGAAAGGACAAGAAAUUUAACUAGCUCUUUAAAGUCUUUUCUCGAUUCUUCUUCUCUAAGCAUAACCCCGAAAGAAUCAAGGAUUGUUAAGGAAAUGAGGAUUAAACAAGAAAUUCAAAAGGGAAUAAUUGAACAAUUAAAGGUAGAAAAUGAAAAACUAAAGGAAAAACUGGAAUCUGAAAGAAAGAGUAGGAAAAUUGUUUCAAAAGAACUGACCCAAUCAGAGAAUUAUAUUUUAAGGUUGGAGGAGCAAAUGCAGAAAAGGGACAUGCAAAAUAAUGACAAACUCUCAAUAUUAACAGGAGCAUACGAUGAUUUGGUUUCAGAAAAUUCAGAACUCAUUCAACAAGUUAAAUUCAUGAGAGAACAACUUUUAGACAGCCAGAGUAAUACCAACUUGUCAGUACUAGCAGGAAGGAGUAAUAAGAACAAACUUACCAGCAGUAAUAUACUCAGCAUGAUUUCUGACACACAGAGUGUUUCCUCUUUGAGUACAUCCCGAAAUGAUGAACCAGUCCAAGACAUUAAAUAUUAA